GCGGGCGUGGAUGCUGUACAUAAACACCACCUACAUCCCCGUGUCCCCCGUGCUGUGGGCGCUGCCCGUGCUGCUGCUGGUGCUGCUGAUCGCGGUGGUGCUGUGGGCCAUCGUGCGCGGCGUGGAGCGCAUGGAGGGCGACUACCUGCGCAUGGUGCGCCUCAAGGACCACAUGGCCGCCGCGCUCGCCAGUGCGGAGGCGGCUAGCCGCGCCAAGGGCGCGUUUCUCGCCACCAUGUCGCAUGAGAUCCGCACGCCCAUGAACGGAGUGAUCGGCAUGCUGAACCUGCUUCUCCAGACGCCUCUCGACCCCACCCAACUCGACUACGUGGAGACGGCCCGAGCCAGCGGGCGCGCGCUCUGCACGCUGAUCAACGACAUCCUCGACCUCUCCAAGAUCGAGGCCGACCGCCUCGAGCUCGAAGCCCUCCCCUUCGAUCUGCGCGCCGAGAUCGACGACGUGCUCGGGCUGUUUGUCGACCGCACGGCUGAGAAGCCACAGGUGGAGCUGGCGGCUUUUGUCGCGGACUCGGUGCCUAGCCGGUUGGUCGGGGAUCCACUGCGGUUCAGACAGGUUCUGGUGAACCUGAUAGGGAAUGCGUUUAAGUUUACCCAGGACGGUCACAUCCUGCUUUUUGUCCGGGUGGCUGAUGCUGCGGAAAUGGUGGUGCAUGAGGUGAAUGGUCGAAGCCGGAGUCACCACGAGUAUUCCGACGCUCCCUCUGUUCCUGCUGCUGCUGCUGCUGCUGCUGCUGGUGCUGGUGCUGGUGCUGGUGGCAUCGCCUGUGGCCCAACUGCUAGUGCUGGGGCUGGGGCUGGAGCCGGCUCUAACUCUGCUCUAGCUGGAGUUCCUGGGAGCAAUGCACCCAACAGCAACAACGGCAUCAGCGGCAGCGGCAGCGGCAGCACCAACACCCCCUCCGCAGCCCGACUCUCCCCCCACGCACCUCCCAACAACGCCCACUCUUCCGCCCCUGCCCCUUCCCCCACCACCGACCCGCCCACCUCCGCCCCCCUGCCAACGCCCCCGCCGCAGCAGCAGCGGCCGGCGACCGAGAUGGUAGUGGUGGACGCGGAGGGGAAGAAGGAGUACCUGAGUCUGAGCGGGAAGAGGGUGAUGGGGAGUGUGAGCAGCUGGAGCCAGGUGCGGCACCUGCUGGAGAGCGGCGGGGCGGCGGCGAGGAGGAGCGUGAGGGACGGGCAGACGGUGCGGCUGGUGAUCAGCGUGGAGGACACAGGCUGUGGCAUACCGGAGAGGGCACGGCACCUCAUAUUCCGCCCCUUCACCCAAGCGGACACCAGCACCACUCGCCUGCACGGGGGCACGGGAAUCGGCCUCUCCAUCUGCCAGCGUCUGGUGAACAUGAUGCGUGGCAGCAUGUCCUUUGUGUCAUGCGAGGGCGUGGGCACCACCUUCUUCUUCGACGUCGAGCUGCGAGCCGCCCCCCUCCUCUCCACCACCUCCUCCUCCUCCUUCUCCUCCUCUUCCCACACUGACGCUGCUGCUGCUGCUCCUGCUGCCGCUGCUGCUGCCGAUGCUGAGUUGCCUGUGGCUGCAUCCGACCAUGCUUUCGGGCAUUCUCUCGCCCACAGCACGGCUCUAACCAGCAUGGAUCUGGGUGGUGACUCCAGCCAAGCGUUGCCCAAGCAUGUUCCCUCACAGGUUGCAUCAGCUGCUGCUGCUUCAGCAGCAGCAGCAGCGGCAGAAGCACCAGCAGCAGCAGCAGCAGCAGCCGAAUUGACCAUGUCCGUCCCCACCCCCAGUGCGCACGCCCUCACGUCCCACUCCUCUCCUCUCCUCACCGCCCGCGUUCUCCUAGUCGACAACCGCCCCGUGCGCCGCGCGGUAACCGCCUCCUCCCUGCGCCGCCUGGGCCUGCGUGUGUACCUCGCCUCGUCCCUCUCCGACAUCCCCCUCGUGCUCCACCCUUCCGGCCCUGACCCCGGCUUCUCCCCCCCUCUCGAGGUGGUGUUCUCCUCGCCUGACUCUAUCCACAGCAAGGAAGACGCGUUUCCUAAGAGGGGUGUGGCUGUCGCAGGGGGACGGGCAGGGGGAGGAGGGGGAGGAGGAGGGGCAGGGGGGUCCGGAGGGGGGGGCUAUGGGGUGAGCCUUGGCGGAAUAGCUGGCAUGGGUAGGGCGAGUUGCAGUAGUGCGAGGGGGGGGUUCUGGGAGAGGACAGGGAGGGGCGGAGGAGGGACGGAGAGGGAGAGGGAAAUGAGGGAGCCGAGUGCUUAUGACGGCUCACUUACUGGUGGGGCUGGUGGUGGUGUUGGCAGUCGUGCUGGUGGUGCUGGUGCGAAUGCUGCGGGUUUGGCUGGUGCCUCUGGUGGCGGUGCGGGUGUUUCGGGUGGGGCUUUCGCGGAAGCAGGGGGUCCUCUUCAUAGGAAAAGCAGGUCGGAUUGUGAUGCCCUUGGCCUUGCCGCUGCUGCGGCUGUGCUCAAGUACUCCGAUUACACCAACACCAGUACCAUAGGCAAAUCUCCUCUGCUCUUCUCCCCUCCUGCUGCUGCUGUCGUUGCAGCAGAGGAAGCAGCAGAGGCAGAAAGAGCAGAAGCAGCAGCGGGGACAGGAGGAGCAGCAGCAGCAGCAGCACGGCAGCAUGUUACCUAUAACAGGUCUCGGGAGCGGCAGGAGGAACAUGAGAAGCAGGAGGGAGGGGAGGGGCGGAAGGAGAGGGGAGUGUCGCUGGUGUUACUAGAGCAGAGUGUGCUGUUGAUGCGCGGCAGGAGAGUGUCUGGGGAGGAGGUCCGUACAUUGAUCGACCGUGCCCUCAACCCCGCUGUUUUCGCGGCCGCUCCCGCUCGCACGCAUACGGCAGCAACAGGAGCAGGGACGGCAGGAGGGGCCGGAGGGGUAGGAGGAGGGGCGGGAGUGGAGGCAGGGGCAGCAGCGGGGGAUAUCUCUAGCAGUAGCAACCAUACUUGCAGCAACAACCGGAGCAAUCGCACCAGUUUAGGCAACAGCAACAGCAACAGCAGCAGCAAGAAGAGCAAGACUACCAAGGUGCCUCUGCCGAGCAUUGCUGUGCUCGUCCAAACCCCCCCCUCCGACCCCUCGUCUCUCGCUGGCUUUGAUGGCACUGUGAGGAAGCCCCUCAGGCGCAGCGCUCUGCUGGCUGCCCUUCCCCCCCUCAUUGCGAUGCAUGCUGACAGCACUGGUUGCGGCAACAGUGGGUGGGGAGCUGCAGGGACAGGAGGGGUGGGAGCAAUGGGAGGAGAGGGAGGAGUGGGAGGAGUGGGAGGAGUGGGAGGGUCAGAAGGAGUGGGGAUUGGCACCGAGGGUAAUCCUGGGGGUAGGGAGUUGGGGAGGGAUCGUUACACACUUUCACCUGCUGCUGCUGCUGUAGUGGAGGAUGCAAGCACGUAUGAAGCUUGUGUUGAAAGCACUCCGCUCCUAUCCGCCUCCUCCCAUCGCAACGGCGGAUCUGCCCCAUCAGCACCACCACCAGCAACAGCCGCAACAGCAGCAACAGCCGCAGCAACGGCGGAGGCGGCGAUAGCAGGGGGUGCCGGUGGUGUCAGGGGGCAAAGGGGCCCACGGGGCGACAUGGGAGCGAGAGGAGCAAGGGCAGAGAGAGGGGGGGAGAGGGGAGAUUGGGGGUGGGAGGGGUGCAGAGUGCUGGUGGUGGAUGACAAUCUGGUGAAUCGCAAGGUGGUGUCGAAGGUGCUGCAGCGGUUUGGAGUGGAGGCAGUGGCUGUGGACAGUGGAGCCGCUGCUGUGGCUGCGCUGACGUUGCCGCAUGCCUUCCAAGUUGUCUUCAUGGACCUGCAGAUGCCUGGGAUGGACGGGUUGGAAGCCACUCGUCGAGUGAGGCAGGCAGAGCAGCAGUACCAACGCAACCAGCAGCAGCAGCAGCAGCAGCCGCAGCAGGUAUGCCUUCACGUGCCCAUCUUUGCGCUCACAGCGGACUCCAUCGGCGAGGUGCGCCAGCGCUGCGAAGCAGCAGGCAUGGAUGGGUGCCUCUCCAAGCCCAUUGAGGAACGCGAGCUCAUCAAGGUGUUAGGUUCUGCUGUGCCUGCGAGUUAGAGGAGGGAGAGGGAGUGUGAAGGGGAGAGGGUGACUUUGAGAAGGUGGCUUUGAGAGCAUGGCUUUGAGAAGGUGGCUUUGAGCGGUUCGAAGCAAGGGGCAUGGGUGGGUCUCCCAGCCAUCAAGGGAAGGGAGCUGAUGACUCUGCUGCUGGGGCCUCCCCCAGCCCAGCACUGCAGGGGGCCCCUAUCACAGGAGCCCUGUGACUUGAGAGUGUGAGAUGAGAUGUUACUUGCGAGUUUUGAGCAAGGGAGUGGAAAUGAAGUCAGGCAACGUGGAUUGAGGGCUCCAGUGUGGGCCAUUGGUUUUAAGUUAUUCGGGCAGUGCGCACAUUGUCAUACUUUGUAGCAUGCACAUCCUUGUCUAACGUUUGAGCAUGUGUUGCACAUUGCUGUGGCCACUACAACUUGGAUUUGGUACUUCGGCUUGUACUAUAGCCUUGAUUAUUGUCUAUUACUUGCUAAC